AUGCUUAUAAUGGGAGACAUGGACAGAGUGAAAAUAUACACGCUGUCAGAGCUGGAAAAGAAGGAAAAGCUAGAAAUGGUGCUGGCCAAUGAGUUUGAUAUCUUUUCCAUGACAGGAGUGGAUCCGAAGGACAAAGAGUUUCAAAAAACAUGCAUAAAAGAAGUCAUGAGACAGAACCCGAGCGGAUACAACCACAAGUGCAACUGUCCAGUGCAAAAGUUCAAACAGGUUAAAUACAUCCCUGCUAAAGAUGUGAUUGCAUACAACAGCGGAAAGUGCAGUUUAGACGUUGCACAGAUAGGAUAUCUUGUGCCAAGAAACAGUGCGUUUGGGAAAGAAUUCAGAGGCCUUCUUCUGCUGGUCAGACAGAUCAUCAUCUCAAAGAAAGAAACUAUCUCUGUGCCAUUUGAGUUCUUUACAACUUGGCUUGGGCUGAAUGUGUGCAUUGUCUGUCUGCUGUACAUGGAGAAAUACAUUUUCUAG